AUGGUGGCUGUCAUAUUUGUGUUGAUGCAAUAUCGAAAACAAAUGGUCAAAUUAUCGACAAAUAUAGAUUCUUUGCCUCUGAAAAAUGCAGAUUCAUUGCCUCUAAUAAAUGAAGAUUUGUCAUCUCUGAUAUGGAGAAUAAUUUCAUACCAAGAGCUUUUACUAGCAACAGAUGCAUUCAACGAAGCCAACCUUAUUGGUGUUGGAAGUUUUGGUUCAGUAUAUAAAGGAACGCUUUCAGAUGGGAUGAUUAUUGCUGCAAAGCCCGAGAAUGUCCUACUUGACAACGAUAUGAUUGUACAUGUUGCUGAUUUUGGCAUUGCCAAACUCUUUGGUGAAAGGGAUCUUUUGGCACAAACCACAACCUUGGCAACAAUUGGGUAUAUGGCACCAGAGUAUGAAAUGGAAGAUAGGGUAUCAACAAGAUGCGAUGUCUAUAGUUAUGGUGUCUUGUUGAUGGAAAUAUUCACCAGGAAGAGGCUGACAGAUGAAAUAUGUCGCAUCAGCCUUGGAUAUCUCCAUAAUGGUCAUGUAGCACCCAUUGUUCACUGUGAUUUGAAGCCCGAGAAUGUCCUACUUGACGAAGAUAUGAUUGCACAUGUUACUGAUUUUGGCAUUGCCAAACUUUUUGGUGAAAGGGAUCUUUUGGCACAAACCAUAACCUUGGCAACAAUUGGGUAUAUGGCACCAGAGUAUGAAAUGGAAGAUAGGGUAUCAACAAGAUGCGAUGUUUAUAGUUAUGGUGUCUUGUUGAUGGAAAUAUUCACAAAGAAGAGGCCGAUAGAUGAAAUGUUUGCCGGAGAGAUGAAAGUUUGCCAGAGAGAUGAGCUUGAAGUGUUGGGUGAAGGAAACAUUAGGGGUUUCAAUAAUUGA